GUCAGCGCGACUGGGUUCGAGCCCCGUGCGGGCCCCGCGCUGAAGGCCAACCGCUGGUCCAACGUUCCGGCGGGGGGCCCUCCGCCGGCGCGUCCCUGGGCAACUCCCGGGGCGCCGCCGGCCCCCAGUCACAAAGCGCUUGUGCGAGAAAUGAAGGCCGGCCACGCUGCUGUCGCGCCGGGACAGUCGGCGCAGUUUUGCCAGCAGUGGUUCGACGAGCGCUUCAAAGAGUCCAGCCUCGAAAAGGCAGACCUCCAGGUCAGCCGGGAGGUGUGCAAAAACUGUCUUUUCAGCGGCAAGGGCGUCGUAGAGCACACCUUUAAGCAGUGCCGCGACCUCAAAAACAAAUGCGUCCUCCCGUGCCCGCGGUGCGUAGCCGCGGGCAGGCUCACGGGGGACGUGUGCCACUGCUGGUCGCAGGAUUGCAAGUGCAGCUGA